AUACUAUGUCUUUGCUCACAUAAAAAAAGCAGCCGCGCAUAUUCUUCAAUCUAACUGCUACCAUGCACCUAGGAGCACUAUGGGGUGAUUGGCAUGGAGCUGGUGGGUCGGUUACGUAAACAACGUUUGUGUCAACCAUGCAAAAAAAGAAGACAAAAAACUGUUUCCCAAAGCUUUGCUCUUUUUCUUCUUUUGCCGUUUUCAAAUUAAUCAUUAGUCGCUGUUUGACUUUCUGUACAUUGAAGUCUUUUUUUGAAAUGGACCUUGACGAAUCGUCGUUUAAAAUCGGAAGCACAGUUAUCCUCGCGUACCCAGACGUCACGCGGUUAGCCGGGUACCGCGCCGCGCUGGGCCUGUGGGACCAGCUUACCGCCGCAAACACAGCACCAGCAGUCACCAGCACAGUUUGCUUUGAGUCCAAGGUGGAGGAGAUAUUGCGGGCUCAUGACUUCGAGGAAAUAGACACGCCAGCAUCUGCCGCCACCACCGCCAUGGGUGCCAACGAUGAGGCAGACGCCGUCAACAUUGUCUUUGCCAACGCACAGAGCAACCUAGACCUGACAUUCUGCUUUGUCAACGGACUUCCUGAGCAGAAGCGGGUCCCAGAGCUAGUCGACAACCUUAUUGGUUUGCUGGAGAAACACAGCGUUAAAACACUGGUGAUCCCGGCGGCAGUCAACUUGGCAGGCAUCAAGGUUGAGGACAAGCUCUGGGCAUACUACCUGUCAGAGCUGCCCAUAGGCUGCGUAGAGCUGGAAAAGCGGCUUUCUGGUGUGCAAAAGCUUCCUGGUCAGGGCGCCCAGACCAACGACGUGUUUCUGUCUGUUCUCAGCAACCUAGUGUCGGUUUCGGGAAUUUCAGAAGCAGUCGUGCUGGUUCACGGCGACAAGCGGCCCAGCGGCAGCGCAUACAGACAGAAGGCGACGUUUGGCAGCGACUAUGUUGACGAAGGUGACUCCAGUGUCGUCAAGGUACUGAGCGCUUUGCUUGCUACUGCUGUUGGUGCUGCCGAGCCAACCGGCGAGCAUGCGGCGGAGGUCGAGGUAACUCGCAUGCGGCUUGACGUCGAGUCAGCGGCCUUGGGACUGCCAGCGUUUGGAUAAGGAGAACCAAAAUAAGCGUGUUACAAAUAUAAUAUUUGCCACCUACCUGCUUACUAUCUGUAUUUAGCAUGGUAAAUUUGUUUAAUAUUCCCGUAUCAAAUAUCAAAUACUAAAUGUCAAAAUAACACGUCACUAUCGUAUGGUGUAAUGAUCACAGGCCGUUCUUUAGUUUGGCGUGGGUCGACUUUUUUCUUAUAAACGCGUUUUUUUCUUGUUUCGCGGCUACGCAGUGUAAGCAUCAAUCAGUAUGUGCGCUCCUUGCUUUCUUGCUGGAGGGUGCUUGCUUAAAAAGUACGUUUUCCUUUCUUUUUGUAGCUGUCUGAGCGGAGAUGUUUUGAAGCCCUAUCUUUAACAAUAUGAUAUUGUGGCGUGUAUCAAGAUUUGCAUUAACAAAACAUAAAUAAAAUUAUAAUAUUUGGUGUAUAUUUG